CCAUAUGAACUCCAGCAGCAGCACCAUCUCUCCUAAAGAUAGCUGAGUCACAUCUCCACAUACUCUCACAGAGAAUACUUCCCAGGCUGUAUUUCGAGGGCUCUCACGCUCGAACACCAUGCUGACGAUCACGCUGAAGACCCUCCAGCAGCAGACGUUUAAAGUGCAGAUAGACGAGGAGUUAACGGUAAAGGCUCUAAAAGACAAAAUCGAAGAGAAGAAGGGAAAAGAUGUUUUUCCAGCUGUCGGUCAAAAACUUAUCUAUGCAGGUAAAAUCUUGAAUGACGAUAUACCUCUAAAAGAAUACAAAAUAGAUGAGAAGAACUUUGUUGUGGUGAUGGCUACAAAGCCCAAAUCUUCUGACCCCCAACCAGCCUCGACCCCCCCAUCAGCGGCUCCAGUUAUGGCACCCCAACCCAGUACCCCCGUCCAUACACCCUCAGCUCCCACAGAGCCGCCGAGAGCCCCCCCAGUGCCUGUAUCAACCCCUGCUCCUGCCCCUGUAGAGCCAGCGCCAUCAGUAGAGUCGACAGCAGCACCUGUUACAGCGCCCCCUGUGGCCACCAAUGUUACAGCAGAAUCAACCGAGUCAGUAAGCGCGACUCCAGCGCCAGACUCGGAGGAGGAGGACCGGGCAGCUCAACAGGAGCAAGCCAUCGCCCAAUCAGAGGCCAGCAUUGUCGAUGAUUUGGGUCUUUUAGAAGCAGCCGCAUCAAUACUAGUUACAGGUCAAGCGUAUGAGAAUUUAGUGACAGAAAUCAUGUUGAUGGGUUACGAGAGAGAACAGGUGAUCGCCGCCCUACGGGCAAGUUACAACAAUCCGGACAGGGCAGUGGAAUACCUGCUAAUGGGUAUUCCCACAGAACCCGAGCAGCCUCCUCAGGAGGUAGUGCGGCCCACCCCCGUGUCGAACCCCAGUCCCCCUGCACCACAGCAGCCUCCGGUGCCACCGGCCUCUGUUGCUGGUGCCGAAUCUGGAGUUGCACAGGCGACAGGAAACCCUCUGGAGUUCCUCAGGACCCAGCCGCAGUUCCAGCAAAUGCGACAGAUCAUCCAGCAGAACCCGACGCUGCUGCCGGCACUGCUGCAGCAACUGGGCCGAGACAACCCACAACUCUUGCAGCAAAUCACGCAACACCAAGAACGGUUCGUGCAAAUGUUGAACGAGCCACGCGCAGGCGAGCCCGGAGACGGAGCUGCGGAGGUCCUUGCCGCGCCACCGACAAACUUCAUCCAGGUCACGCCACAGGAGAAGGAAGCAAUCGAGAGGUUAAAAGCCCUGGGAUUUCCAGAGGGACUCGUCAUCCAAGCGUACUUCGCCUGCGAGAAAAACGAAAACCUUGCUGCGAACUUCCUACUUCAGCAGAACUUUGAUGAUGAGUGAAUUUUACCGUGGGACACGACAACGCUUGGAGGCGACCGAGAGAAUUCAAGCGCUAGGCCGCAUGUUGCGUGUUUGUGCUUGAAUGUGUGUGUUAAGAAGACUGGUCUUCCAUGGGGAUUAUCAUGGAGUUAAUGAAGCCAUGAUGUGAUGUUUAAAUCGGAGCACAGCUUAUUACUAUAAUUGUUUAGAUGAUAGAUAUAAAUGAUCCUCGAUAACGAGGUUUCUGUUGUCUGUCUGGUUUCUGCUGCUAUCACUACUGUGUGCGUUGAGCGAGUUUUUGUUAUCACAGUUAAAACCCUGCCCAAAAACCUCUGAAGGUAAUCUAUAAUUACUGAGUUAUACACAUCCCUUACGCAUUCGUUUAUUAAAUGUUUUUGGCAAAUCUGCUGACACUUAUAGCUGCCAAUACAAGUUUAGUACUCACAACUCCAUUUAACACCUUCAAACUAAUUUCUGCCAAAUUUGCCAUAUGUGAAAAAACGUCCAAAUUCUGUGUGGGUCUGGUUAUGGGCUAUUAGAUGUAGAGUAACAGGAAUAUAAAGAUGAUUAUUUCCCAUUAACGGGUUAGAUGGCAUAUUUAAUUAGUCGCCAAUGAAUACAAAGACGUAUUUUUGACGUUUCGUCAACUUGAUAUCUAACACAACGGGUACAAAACCCAUCAAAGAGAGCCUUAUUUUUAUGCCAUGUUACGUCAUUUAUAAUUUUCCAUUUUCUUUCCACUGCAUUAGAAAAUAAUGUUCAUGCAGUGUAAGAAUUUUCCUUUGCAAGCCAUCUGCAACCCACAAGAUAAAAAUGUUAGAAAUAAACCAAACGUUUUGCACUGCUUUUUUGGUAUUAUUUUAAUUUUAUCCCCUUUUUCUCCCAAUUUGGAACGCCCAAUUCCCACUACUUAGUAGGUCCUCAGGGUGGCACGGUUACUCGCCUCAAUCCGGGUGGCGGAGGACGAGUCUCAGUUGCCUCCACGUCUGAGACCGUCAAUCCGUGCAUCUUAUCACGUGACUCGUUGUGCAUGACACCGCGGAGACUCACAGCAUGUGGAGGCUCAUGCUACUCUCCACGAUCCACACACAACUCACCACACGCCCCAUUGAGAGCGAGAACCACUAAUCAUCACCACGAGGAGGUUACCCCAUGUGACUCUACCCUCCCUAGCAACCGGGCCAAUUUGGUUGCUUAGGAGACCUGACUGGAGUCUCUCAGCACGUCCUGGAUUCAAACUCACGACUCCAGGUGUGAUAGUCAGCGUCAAUACUCGCUGAGAUACCCAGACCCCCCUAGUUUGUUGGUAUGUUUAAAUGAACCCUUGUUAAAAAUAAUAAUAUUAAUAAUAAUAAUAAAAGAAGUGAAAAGUAAAAGCUUGUAGAUUAUGUCUACAUUCCAAAAAAGUUCUUGAUACAAGACGGAAAUUAUAGUUUUGUGGCAAUCCAGUUGACUACUUACAGUAAUUCGAUUUUAUUAAAUCUAUUUUCCCUUCUGUUAUUUCUAUUUUAAAGUUCUUGUUCUCGUUAUGACAGCAUAGUGAGUGAAAACUAGUGAGUACGCAUUAGUACCCAACAGUUAUUUUGAACGAAGCCCGAAAUGCUGCAACAAUCGUAGGUGUUUUAUUUAGUGAGGCAACAGAAUGUGGUAAAACCUCAAUAUAUAUAUGCAUUAACUUAAAGCAUAAACAUAUUCACGUGAAGCAGAAUAGAGUUAAAGGAAUGUUCCGGGUUCAAUACAAGCUCAAUCAACAGCAUAUGUGGCUUAAAGUUGUUUCAACCUCUUUUCCUUUAAAAACUAAAGCAUUUAAAAAGCAAUUACAGUUGAAGUGAAUGUGGCAAUCUGUAAUGGUAACGUUUCAAAGGUGUAGCUACAACACCUAAAUAUGCAUGUAAACAUGACUUAAGUGUGAUAAAAUCACUUACAAACCUUUUCCGUGUAAAGUUAUAUCCAAAGUGCUUUUAUAAAAUUAUAGGCUUCAAAUUUCUGCCUUUAAACUCUCCAAAAAUUGGCCCCAUUCACUUCCAUUGUGUCUCACUGGAACGUCUAGGGAAGAGUCGAAAUGAUGCUGAUGAUCUUGUACUGAACCCAGAAUAUUCCUUUACGAUUGUGCCAAACUUCAACAAAAUGAGAUUCAAGAGAUGGACAUAAUGACAGAUAGUUAGCUAGCUGCUAACACCAUAGUGCAGUUCUUAAGAUGGAUGCAUCAAUAUGUUUAACAUGUUAAAUAGUGUGUUCUGACGGCUUCAGGAAAGACUUUACCAGAUGCCGUUCUAAUUUCUUUUUCAGUUCAGUGUUUUAAAUUAUUUGCAUCUGUGGAGAAAUUGAUGUGUGAUGAAUAAAUCCAAAAUGCAUCUGCAGA